AUGAACUCAGAGGCACUUAGACACUUCGGAAAACGGUUGACAGCGUUUGAGCACGAAGAGAUUCUGGCCUAUCCUCAGCUCUUCUUCCUGGGUCUUUCUGCGAAAAAGCUGAAUAUGGCUCGUGGAUAUGCGCACAACUGCGGCAACGAUGAUGAAAAUGGCGGCUAUAUUCGAGUACGUGAAAUCGUUGCAAAACUCAGUUCAUAUUUAAGCAUUACAUAA